GCGGAGGAGGGAUGCUUAGGGUAGCGGAGCCCCGAGAGGCACGGGUGGAGGCGGGUGGCUGCAGUCCCUGGGCAGCACCACCCACGCAGUCCAAGCGGCUCACCUCCUUCCUCAUCCAGGACAUCCUGCGGGACCGCACCGAGCGGCGCGGGGGACACGCGGGCAGCCCGCAGCACCAGCACCAGCCGGACCCUAGGAGGGACCCCGCUCCAGAGCCUGAGGAAGCAGGGGAUCGCGGCGUGGCCCCGGAGGACCCGCCAAGUAUCCAGCCCAGCCCCACGGAGACGCCGGCUGAACCCGAGUCAGAUGCACAUUUUAAGACUUAUCUGUUGGACUGUGAACACAAUCCAGGGGACUUAUCAAGUGCCCCCCAGGUCACCAAGCAGCCACAGAAGCGCUCCCGGGCUGCCUUCUCUCACACUCAGGUGAUUGAGUUGGAGAGGAAGUUCAGCCAUCAGAAGUACCUCUCUGCCCCUGAAAGGGCUCACCUGGCCAAGAACCUCAAACUCACCGAAACCCAAGUCAAAAUAUGGUUCCAGAACAGACGCUAUAAGACUAAGCGAAAGCAGCUGUCGGAAGACCUGGGAGUCUUGGAGAAGAACUCACCGUUGUCUUUGCCAACUCUGAAAGAUGACGGCUUGCCCAGUGCCUCCUUGGUCUCUGUGUAUACUAGCUACCCCUACUACCCCUACUUGUACUGUCUGGGCAGCUGGCAUCCAACUUUCUGGUAACAACAGUUCCAAUGAUAACUGCAUGUCAGAAACUGCCUUCUCCAGGGAGUCUCUGGGAAAAAGCUAAAGUGGCUCAUGUCAAGGAGUCGGGAGCAAGAAAUGUACAGAUGCAAACUGUUGAGGGUUCCCAGGGAACAGUCCAGUUCUUCUCUGGUGGGCCAGUGAAUGAUCUGGGGCAGUGGCUAUUUUAGUAUGUAGUCACAGUUCCAAGUGUUCUGUAGCUCACUGCUGUCAGCUCCGUUUAGAGAGAGCCAGACCAGUUCAAAUCCUGUUUCCAGAACUUAGAGUGUCUAUGGAUGCAAUGGCUACAUCAUUCCUAAGAAUUCUGUUUGCUGCAUCUCCAUCCUCUCCCAUAAUCGAGCAUCAUGGAAGGGCCAAGCAAGGGGAGGAAUGGCCCCUUAGAUGAGGAUUUCCUCUUGAAUUAAACUUGGGGUAAAAAGUCUCUUGUUGGCCUUGGACUCUGGCCAGAGUUUCUCUCUGCCCUUGUAAAAGUGAGGGUAAACGGAAGAUUUGAAGAAUGGGGGAAAAAAACAUAGUGAUUGAGGCAGGUUGGCAUAGGCCGUGAAGGGGGUGGAAGGUGGAAUUUUCAACUUCUUACCCUUUUCGCAGUGAUGUGCCAGUCCAAGGAUUUACAGGGCAGCCUGAGUGCGGCAGGAUACACACACUGAGGGGGAUAAAACAAGCUGUGUAAACAGUUUGCCUGCAGGGGUGGGCUUCAAAACAGACUUCCUGUCCAAGGCCUAGGCCUAUGGGGUUUCAACGCUCCAGGUGAAUGCUUCCAUCAUGACUUUUUAUUACCAGUGAAGAAAAGGCCUCUCCCGCCCUUCCUGCCUUCGGGGGAGAACUUAGGCUCAGGAGGUCUGCAGCUUCCCUGGCCUGAAAAUUCACACUUCAUGAUGACAGAUGUGCUAGCAUUUUUAAACAAAGGACCUUCCUUCCCUCCUUUUAUUUCUUGUUCUUUCCUACAGGACUCCUCCAUUCACGCUUUUCAUCUGUGCCUGUCUUACUUAGUGUAAGAUUUGCUCCCACCAUCUCCAAAGUUUUAAUUUUCCUGGUUUAACAAUUAACUAGCUACUGACAUGUUAUGACAUACUUUAAAAAAAAAAUUAGCAACUCAUCUCUUUCCUUUAAAAACACUCAGCGUUAAAUCCCAAGCCCUAUUUAAAGACAUGAGAGCUGAAGAUCACAGUUUCUUUCACAGGGCUUUCUGCUGGCUGAAUGUUACAGUUCAAAGGUUGAUGCCCACUGGGGUCAUGGGGAUCCCUGUAGGCAGAGGAGGUUUAGGGGCGUCUGUUUUUCAUGCAUAAGGAAGAACAGGACAAAAGGAAGGGCUGGCACUGCUGAGGGGUCUUGGAGAGAUGGAGGGGUCUUGGGCAGGGCAUGGCUGCCAGCCCAAGCCAACCAGCAACCAAGGAGCUGAUAGCUUUCAGGAAGAUGCUAUAAGGAGAGGUAAACUGUCUUCAAAAUACAACCUCGCCGUGGCUUCCAUCCACAGACAAGUGCGUAAAUGCUUUGGAGAACUGUGUUUAGGGACUACCCUAAAAUGGUAGAAGUGAGAAAGAGGAAUGGUAGUCCCUCUGUUUCCAUCCUGAAAUCUCAGGUAACCUGCUGAGUGGGAGUUAACGGAGGCAGAGCACACUUAUAGCAACUGAGGCUUUCUUGGGGCCAGGAAAUCCCUUUAUCCCACCACUCAGUGCUAUACAGUGAGAAAUCUUUUAAUUUCCUCCUUUUAAAUGGGCCAACUUACUGUUGGUGGCAAAACUGCCAAAGGAAGUUGAUAGAAAGUUGGCUGCUUGUACCCCGUUCUUUUACUGCCAGGGGCCCCAUUGUUAAAGUCUUGUUCAGUGCCCCUUGUUGCUGACCACUGCGGUAGCAUUAGACCACACCAAAGCUGGAGGAGUCCAGUUCACUUCUUUCUAUCUGUCUUUUGACUCUGAGUUCCCGAUCAGUACUUUCUCUCCUCUCACUAGGACUAGAAUCCAUCUCAGCAUGCACUUCCACUAAGAUUAAACUAUCAGAGUGUGCAGUGUGUGGCAAAGUCAGAAAGGGAAAGGCUUGUGUUUAAAAUUAUUUUUUGGCGGGGUUGGGGAGGUCUGACUCCAUUUUGCUUUCUUCAUACUGGAACUAAUCAUUCACCCACACCUGAACUGGUAGAAACAUGACCUGUUGUCUCCAGCAUGCAAAUGGGAAAGCGCUUUGGGUAUCACCUGGGUGACAUGUCUCUGUCCUGUUUCAUCAGUUGGCUAGCAAACCCGGCUCUAACAGAAAAG